UCUGUUAUUGACCCUAUAUAUAUGGCCACCAUAACACGAAACCAACCACCAACACCUAGAACAAACUUGCCCGCCGCCGGUGCCACGAUGAGCGCCAUGUGCUUUUUGUUGGCAUGCUUGGCGGCAGCCAUGCGGCCAACGUCGGCCGCCGAGGCUGGAAGGAGUGGGAUCUUGAAUAUCCCUUCCGCCGGCGACCUGGCUCGGGCUCGCUGCCCUUCCAGAUGCGGUGGUGUUGCCAUUCACUAUCCGUUCGGGAUAGGGCCAGGCUGCUUCCGACAAGGCUUCGAGCUCACCUGCAACAUCACCGCAGGUUAUAUGAGGCUCUUUCUGCCCAACACUACCACUGAGAUCCUUGAGUUACCUCCUGGAGAUACUUUGCUUCGGGUCCCUCCUAUCCACUUCAACGUCCCCAUGAAACCAGGUAUGACCGACACCUAUAACAUGUCAUGGGAGGUCCCUGUUAAAGGUGUUAUGAUCUAUGGAGGAGAAUCUAGCUUGUUCGUUGUUGGUUGUGGUGUGAGUGUUUACUUGUUUGGCCAUGAUACCGACGACCCCAUCGGUAGUUGCAUGAGUAUUUGCCUCGACGACAAAGUGGCCAUGAAGGAGGCAAAUGCAAACAACUUCAAUGGCGAUGGUGGGAUGGGAUACUGUUCCAUCCCUUUGCAGCAGGACGUUCCAGCAUUCGGGUUCGUAGUUGACGGCCUCAAAGGCGCAUCUGCACUAGCAGGUCAAGGUCAAGGGCUCUCUAAUAGUAGUAUCAAAGUUUUCUUGGCGGGAGAUUACAAAUUUCAUACGGUUGACAUAUAUUCAAGUAAGAUAGACGAACGAAAUGUUGCAUGGCCAUAUUUUAGCAUGACCAUCACGGAUCAACCCAACUGUGAAAGUGCUCAGAAGGAAAAGUCAAGCUAUGCUUGUAGCACUGACAGUGAUUGCCUGGAUCUGCCAUCUGGAGGCUACUCCUGUUUCUGCCGCCGUUACACAAACAACGACAACCCGUACCUUAGGGAUGGUUGCCAACAACAAGCGUACAACAAUUUCAAUCCUAUAGGAGGUUGCACCAGAUUAUGCGGGAGCACACAUAUUCACUUCCCUUUUGGGCUUGAAAAAGGUUGCUACGCCGCUGAACAGUUCAGACUUAUCUGUACAUUGGAAAACAUCACAAUUCUUUACAGAGGGGGCAACAAAUUUAAUCAAGGGGCCAAAUUCAUUGUGGCCAACAUUUCAGUGAAUGAAGGAUAUCUUAGUCUUAGAGGAGCACAAAAUAACUCAAUGUACGUUAAUGAAAGGCUUGCAGUAAUAGAUAAAAGCGACAUGGGUUUGGAAUUAGAAGACACCUCUUCAAAGGGUUAUUAUUUUUCUGAAGAAUACGAUAUGAGGAUGUGGUGGUCUGUCGAUAAUUUAACAUGUACGGUUGCUAUGAGCAAGGAAAGAAGUGCUAUGUAUGCAUGCCGUAGCGGCAAUAGCACUUGCGUUAUUGUCAAACAACAAGACUACAAGGAUGUGGCAAUGCAACUCGGCUAUCGUUGCCAGUGCUCUCAAGGUUUUGAUGGAAAUCCAUACACACUGGAUGGCUGCAAAGAUGUCAAUGAGUGUUUGCAAAUGGAUAUUUGCAACGGCACAUGCCGAAAUUAUCCUGGAGGCUAUAGUUGUUGCACUCGUGGAGAAGAGUUUGAUCCGGUAGAAAAGAGAUGUUUCAGGUUAACAAAGAGACACAAUAUUAUCUUAGGUAUCACAAUUGGAAUUAGUUGUGGCCUUGGCGCCAUAAUUCUUGUGCUAGGUGCAAUAGUACUCAUCCGCAAGUGGAAGAGAGGCAUAGAAAAGAGAAUUCGAAGGGCAUACUUCAAGAAAAAUCAAGGCUUACUCUUCGAACAACUAAUAGCAGAUGAAAGUGCCGCAGAUAAAACAAAGAUAUUCUCAUUGGAGGAAUUAGAUAAAGCAACAAACCACUUUGACGCCAACCGUAUUCUUGGUCGUGGAGGACAUGGAACAGUUUACAAAGGGAUUCUAUCCGAUCAACGUAUAGUGGCCAUAAAAAAGUCUAAGCUAGUGGAGCAAACUGAGAUUGACCAGUUUAUCAAUGAGGUUGCCAUCCUAUCACAAAUCAUUCAUCGGAAUGUGGUCAAGCUUUUCGGUUGUUGUCUCGAAACAGAGGUUCCUUUGUUAGUUUACGAGUUCAUAUCCAAUGGAACACUGUAUGAUCUUCUCCACAUCGAUGUAAGUGUUAAAUGCUUGCUUAUAUGGGAUGAUCGCAUUAGGAUUGCAGUAGAAGCCGCAGGUGCCCUUUCUUAUCUCCACUCAGCUGCUGCAAUACCAAUUUUCCAUAGAGAUGUCAAAUCUUCAAAUAUACUCCUAGAUGACAACUUUACUACCAAGAUUUCUGACUUUGGUGCUUCAAGAUCUUUAUCACUUGAUCAGACACAUGUAGUGACAACUGUACAAGGCACUUUUGGUUACUUAGACCCUGAGUACUACCACACUGGCCAGCUGAAUGCGAAGAGUGAUGUUUAUAGCUUUGGAGUUAUACUAGUGGAGCUUGUGAUAAGAAAGAAGCCAAUUUUUAUUAAUGACCAAGGUAUAAAACAAAGCUUAGCUCAAUACUUUGUUGAAGGACUUCAGCAGGGAGUUCUCAUGGAAAUCAUGGAUCCCCAAGUUCUAAUAGAAGCGAACCAGAAUGAAAUUGAGGGUAUUGCUUCAAUCGCAGAAGCAUGCUUGAAAACUAAAGGAGGAGAAAGACCUACCAUGAAGGAGGUAGAAAUGAAGUUGCAAUUCCUUAGAAGUAGUAGAAGGCUAAGGAGUCAACUUCCCUUCAGAUAUGAUGGAGAGAUCGAGCCAUUUUGGUGCCCAAAUACUAGUAGCUCUCAUGCACAGAGCAACAACAUUACCAGUAUCAUUGGUUUAACACCUACAUGCAUCUCCAGUAAGUAUAGUUUGGAGCAAGAGUUUCUGAACUCGGCCAGCUUGCCACGCUAGCGAAGCAAGUGGUAGGAUGAGCAUCAGCUUGAUAUGCAUCUGAGAUGCAUUUUGUGGCAUAUAAAAAAACAAUGUAAUGUAUGUAUUUCCCUUUAGUGGGAGUAUGCCAUGUAAAUUCCCGCAUUAUGUUUGUAGCUUAUCUCAUGUGUGUAAUUUCAAUUUAGAUGACAACUCAUUGAUGUUAAGCUAUGGUGGUGAAUAAGGGUAUAUUGCUGCUUUGCAUAAUUAUAAUACACAUUUAUCACCACCUAUUAACAGUGGCUUAAGUAUUCUCGCCACAUUAGGUGGUUGGAGAUUGGGACUCUCGCUUGGACCCUCUGGACGAUCCGCAGUAGGCUUGCG